ACUGCGAUUUUUAACACUGACGGGAACGUGCUUACUGUGUUGUGAUACAAGCAGGAUAGACAAGUAAGAGAUGAAGUCCACGAUGCCCUAAACACUCAAAUCUACAGAAUAGACAAGUUAGCAUUUUGGCAGUCUUCGAAUUCUGUACUUUCUGCAUGUGAUCGUUUGUAUGAUGGAAAAUUUAGAACUGAGCCUGUCAUCACUGGCUACAAUCUCAAGGCAUAUUGAGAAAAGUCACAACGAACUCGGCAAGUAUUUGGCGAAGCAGAUAUGGAGCCAGCAAGACAGACAGUGCAUAUUGGGCUGUUUAGCCCAGCUCCUGAUAGAGAAGGAGUACACGCUGCUGAUUGCCCGUCACUUGCGACCUCUGGUUCUGGAUCUGCUGGAAAGGAACGCCGAGAGAGUGAAGGCGGAUGGCCGGCUGAAUCACGAUUUACACGAACGCCUGUGUGUGGCCCUCAGCAAACUCCUCAACUUCAGUCCCGACGCACAAGCGUUUGCCACAAGGUAUUUCAGCACCACGCCUCCAGCUUUCCAAAGGCUUUACUUCACGAGCGAUGAGUCUUCGUCCAUCCAAUACGGCCCCCGCCGUAUGAAGCUGCGUGACUUGAUGGGGGCCACCCUGCAUUUCCUCCAGAGCGACUGCGCCAAGUACAGGGUGCUCUGGGACUGGAGCGCUUGUGUGUCCCAGUUGUUCACCAGUGAUGUGAUGGUCCGCUGGUACACCGCACAGUGCCUAGCCUUGGUGUCCCACAUGACGGACAAUCAGAAAACGAUUUUCCUGCGAAAGGUCUUGUCAAGUGAAGAGAUUCUCCAUCUAAAGAUGAAGUCGCUUGAGGAGAUCCAGCAGCUGGAAGUGGAGAAGGCCCUGGUGUUGGCCAAUCAGGGCUCCGUCAUGUGGCGCAAAGAGAAGGCCAAUCGCUACACCCGGGGCCAGGUGGUGUCGGAGGACCUCUCCCAGAGCGUGGUGGCCGUCUGCGGAGUGGUGUUGCCAAAGAUGAAGCAACAGAGCGAGGAGCCGGAUUUUGUGAAGGAUUUGGUUCUGGUGGAUUCAACUUGCCGGAACCUGCGGAGACUGGCUAUUGCGGUUGCGUCACAAAAGGCGGUGCUCUUAGAAGGUCCCAUUGGUUGCGGUAAAACGACCCUCGUGGAAUACCUCUCUGCCAUGACUGGGCACGUGAAAUGCCCUGAGAUUCUGAAGGUUCAGUUGGGAGAUCAAACGGAUAGUAAGAUGUUGCUUGGCAUGUACCGAUGCACUGAUGUACCGGGGAAGUUUGUCUGGCAGCCGGGCUCGUUGACCCAAGCUGUAUCAAAGGGGUACUGGAUCCUGCUGGAGGACAUCGACCAUGCCCCUCUCGAUGUGAUAUCCAUACUGCUUCCUCUGAUGGAAAAUAGGAAGUUGACAAUUCCAGGUCGCGACGACUGCAUCCAAGUGGCUCCCGGCUUUCAGUUUUUUGCUACAAGAAGGAUGUUCUACAGUGGCGGAAGCUGGCACAGGCCAAACAGCACACACGCAGCACUGCUGGACAAAUACUGGACCAAACUGCAGAUAGCAAACAUCCCCCGAGAAGAACUGAAGCAGGUUUUGGUGAAGCGGUACCCCAGUUUGACCGUGGUGGCGGACCGCCUUCUGGACAUCUACUGCCAGCUGACCGGAGACAGACACCCGAGUCCAGCCGCGGCCGGGGUCAGCUCCAGCCAUCAGGUCUCAGAGGCGGAGCAACAGAGACUCGAUGAGGGGGCGGCUGCGCUGGAGGGGAGAGGACUCUGUCUGAGAGAUCUACUGAAGUGGUGCGAGAGGAUCCACCAUGACUUUGACAACUCCUCAUCAGCCACGGCCCAGAAGGUUUUCCUGGAGGCCCUCGACUGCUUCACUGCCAUGCUCUCCAAACCUGCAAGCAGACUGAAGAUGGCGGAGGUCAUCGGCAGCAAGCUCAACAUAUCAAAAGAGAAGGCGCAGCACUUCUGCCAGAUGUACCAGCCUGGCAUCAGUGUGGACGAGCUGGAGGUCACCGUGGGCAGAGCCUCUCUCGGCCGCAAGCAGAGCGAGGUGGUGCAACUCAGACUAGAAACUCAGACGUUUGCGGCUACGCGUCCGUCCUCGGUGCUACUGGAGCAGCUGGCGGUGUGUGCCACUAAGGGGGAGCCCGUGCUGCUGGUGGGGGAGACGGGCACGGGAAAAACAUCCACUGUGCAAUACCUAGCAGGGCUGACAGGACACAAGUUGCGAGUUGUGAACAUGAAUCAGCAGAGUGACACAGCUGACCUUUUGGGAGGAUACAAGCCGGUUGACCAUAAGCUGAUUCUGCUGCCGCUGCGCGAGGCUUUUGAGGACCUGUUUGCCCAGACGUACUCCCGCAAGCAGAACUUGACCUUCCUGGGCCACGUCCAGACCUGCUUCAGGAGCAAACGCUGGGCAGACCUGCUCAAGCUCAUGGACCACGUCUGCAAGUCCGCCCUCACCAAGGAGCUGCAUGACAAGCCCAAUGCCAUGCUGCAGGAGCAGUGGGAGGUUUUGUCCCAGAGGCUGGUUCAGACGCAGGAGCAGAUCAGAGCGUGUGAAUCGGCAAUGGUGUUUGCAUUUGUUGAGGGAACGCUAGCCCAGGCGGUGAAGAAGGGAGAGUGGGUGCUCCUGGACGAGAUCAAUCUGGCUGCUGCCGAGACGCUGGAGUGCCUCAGCGGCCUUCUGGAGGGAACCACUGGAUCUCUAGUGCUGCUGGAUCGAGGUGACACGGAACCUUUGGUACGCCACCCAGACUUCCGCUUGUUUGCCUGCAUGAACCCUGCUACUGAUGUGGGCAAGAGGAACCUGCCACUGGGCAUCAGGAACAGGUUCACUGAGCUGUUUGUGGAGGAGCUGGAGAAUGAAUCAGAUUUACGUAUCCUAGUAGCAGAUUACCUGAAAGGCCUUAGUAUCAACAAAAGUACCAUCAGUGGAAUCAUAAGCUUUUACCUGGCGGUAAGAAAGGAGGCCCACACCAGCCUAGUGGACGGCACUGGUCACAAGCCACACUACAGUCUGCGCACACUGUGUCGAGCGCUCAAGUACGUUGCUGCCAACCCCUGCUACAGCGUCCAACGCUCCCUCUAUGAGGGUUUUUGCCUGAGUUUCCUCACACAGUUGGACCGCUCCUCCCAUCCCAUGGUGCAGAAACUGGUCUGUCAGCACGUCCUUGGGGGAAACGUGAAAUGUUUGAAACAGCCAAUACCAGAGCCUACAGACCGCCGUUGUCUGUCUAUAGAGGACUACUGGUUGUCUCAGGGUGACAUGGAACCAGCAGUGGACCCCUUCUAUAUUCACACUCCAAACGUUAAACUCAACCUGCGAGACUUGGCCAGAGUGGUAUCUGCCGGUUCCCAUCCUGUGCUGCUCCAAGGAGAGACGUCUGUGGGAAAGACGAGUCUCAUCAAGUGGCUUGCGGCCGCCACAGGUAACCAGUGUGUCCGGAUCAAUAACCACGAGCACACAGACAUCCAGGAAUACAUCGGCUGUUACUCCUCAGAUAACGAUGGGAAGCUGAUCUUCAAGGAAGGUGUUCUGAUCGACGCUAUGCGGAAGGGUUACUGGAUCAUCCUGGACGAGUUGAACUUGGCUCCCACCGACGUGCUGGAGGCCCUGAACCGAUUGCUGGACGACAACAGGGAACUGUUUGUGGCCGAGACGCAGGAAGUAGUGAAAGCCCAUCCCAGAUUCAUGCUCUUCGCCACCCAGAACCCUCCAGGACUCUACGGAGGCAGAAAGGUAUUAUCGAGGGCCUUCAGGAAUCGUUUUGUGGAGCUGCACUUUGACGAGCUGCCCAGUGCCGAGCUGGAAACGAUCCUCCAUAAAAGGUGUAGCCUACCUCCGUCCUACUGCACCAAGCUGGUGGACGUCAUGCAGGAACUUCAGUCGUUGCGCAGGGGCUCUACUGUGUUUGCGGGAAAGCACGGGUUCAUCACGCUGAGAGACCUGUUUCGAUGGGCGGAACGCUACCGUCUGGAGGAGCAGGCAGAUGGCUCGCGGGAUUGGCUGCAGCUUUUAGCUGAUGAUGGGUUCAUGCUGCUAUCCGGACGAGUCAGGAAACCAGAAGAGGCUGAGACCAUACAGAACAUUCUGGAAAAGCAUUUCAAGCGGAAAGUGAAUCCCGAGGCCUUGUUCUCACACGGGCCGGUCAUCACUCAAUUCAGUCCAUUAAUUGACAGCAUCGCGGGAGUUCCGGUGGAGUUCGGUCAUGUGGUCUGGACCCAGAGCAUGAGGAGGCUGGCUGUGCUGGUGGGCCGAGCGCUGCGCUUUCGAGAGUCUGUUCUACUCGUGGGAGACACAGGGUGUGGCAAGACCACCAUCUGCCAGCUGUUUGCGGCGCUGGCCAGCCAGAGGUUCUUCUCAGUCAACUGCCACCUGCACAUGGAGACCUCGGACUUCCUGGGCGGGCUGCGGCCCGUGCGCCACGUGGGCACGGCAGACGGUCGCCUGUUCGAGUGGCACGACGGGCCGCUGGUGAGGGCCAUGCGGGAGGAGGGCGUCUUCCUGAUGGACGAGAUCUCCCUCGCCGACGACUCCGUCCUGGAGAGACUUAACAGUGUACUGGAGACGGAGAAGCUUCUGGUGCUGGCGGAGAAAGGCAGCAAGGAUGACAACGACGUGGAGAUCAUCACCGCAGGGCCGAGGUUCCGACUGGUGGCCACCAUGAACCCUGGUGGAGACUUCGGCAAAAAGGAGUUGUCUCCAGCACUGAGGAACAGGUUCACGGAGAUCUGGUGUCCGCAGACCAACAGUCGAGCAGACGUGGUGCAGAUCAUCCAGCAUAACCUUCGCUCUGGCCUGUCUCUGGACGAACACGACCACCAAGGGAAGGACAUUGCUGAGCUCAUGUUGGACUUCAUCGACUGGCUGACCAAUCAGGAGUUUGGCCGCCGGUGCAUCAUGAGUGUGCGGGACAUCCUGUCCUGGGUCAACUUCCUCAACCAGGUGUGCGAGCGCGAUGCUGAUGCCUUCAUAGGCUCCAUGGGUGAGGAUGAGGAGGAGGAAGAGGUGGAGUGGGACCUCCGUCUGAACACGGUCACCGCGUUCAUCCACGCCGCCUGCCUGGUGUAUGUGGAUGGCAUUGGCUCAGGUACGACUGUGUCGGCAGCGGACAACUGCCUGGCGGCGCGGCGGGCGUGCAUGGACUUCCUGAAGCAGCGGCUGAGCAAGAUCACCACGCUGGACAAGGAGAUGCAGGACGCACUGAGGAUCUACGACACCACCCUCCGCAGAGAACCCUCCUGGGGAGACGACUUCUUUGGCAUCAACCCCUUCUACAUCCCCAUAGGCCUUGAGCAUGAGAGUAGGAACCUGACGGACUACACGCUAGCGGCGGGCACCACGGCGAUGAAUGCCCAGAGGCUGCUGCGCGCCCUGAAGCUGCAUCGGCCCGUCCUGCUGGAGGGCUCCCCAGGAGUGGGCAAGACCAGCCUGGUGGCCGCUCUGGCCAAGGCCUCGGGCAACCGCCUCAUCCGGAUCAACCUCUCCGAACAAACCGACGUGACUGACCUGUUUGGGACAGACCUGCCAGUGGAAGGUGGCAAAGGGGGAGAGUUUGCCUGGAGAGAUGGCCCCCUGCUGGCGGCACUGAAAGCCGGCCACUGGAUCGUCUUAGAUGAGUUGAAUCUGGCCUCCCAGUCCGUGCUGGAGGGACUGAACGCCUGCUUCGACCACCGAGCGGAGAUCUUCAUCCCGGAGCUGGGCAUGCGGUUCCAGGUGCAGCACGAGAAGACUAAGAUCUUCGGCUGCCAGAACCCCUUCACGCAGGGCGGCGGGCGCAAGGGGCUCCCCAAGUCAUUCCUCAACCGCUUCACCCAGGUGUAUGUGGACCAGCUCACCAGCGAAGACAUGGAAUUCAUCGGGAGCUCCAUCUUCCCAGCAAUCGACAAGCAAAUAAUCUCUAAAAUGGUGCAGUUCAGCAACCGGCUGGUGCAAGAGGUCAGCGUGGAGAGGAAGUGGGGUCAGAGGGGCGGGCCCUGGGAGUUCAACGUGCGCGACAUCUUCCGCUGGUGUCAGCUGAUGCAGGCCGACCAAUCGCCUGGCUUCUUCAACCCGGGCCAACAUGUCGGCUUGGUGUAUGCAGACCGGAUGAGGACAGAGGCCGACAAGGCACAGGUGAUGGCUACAUUCAGGAAAGUGUUUGGUGCAGAAUUUGAGCCCUACAGCGGCUCGCGGCAGUUCCACAUCACACCGCUCAAUCUCCAGGUCGGUUUCUCGGUGCUGACCCGCACUGGCGGGGCCCCCGUGGCCCUGGACCCCCCUCUGUCCAUCACGCACCACGGGCUGCACCCGCUGGAGUCCCUGAUGAAGUGUGUGGAGCGCAGCUGGAUGGCCAUCCUGGUGGGGCCCACGGCCAGCGGCAAGACCAGCCUGGUGCAGCUGCUGGCCCUGCUGACGGGACACCGGCUACGCGUCAUGGCCAUGAACAGCGCCAUGGAUACCACAGAGCUGCUGGGAGGCUUCGAGCAGGUGGACAUCAAGCGGCCGUGGCAGCAGGUGCUGGAGAGCGUGGACUACACGGUCGCCAUGGUAACGCGGCGGGGGCUGAUGUCCCUGGACGGCGCGGUGCAGGACACGGAGUUCCUGCUGAGCACGUGGGGCACGUUCCGGCGCUGGCUGAAGGAGGAGGGCCUGGACCGCACGGAGGGCACCGUCAGCUUCGAGGCCCUCAACAAGCUGGAGGUCAUCAUCGUCCUGCUGCAGAAACUCAACACCAAGCUCAAGGUCUUCAUAGACAUGUCCAAGCUGCAGAUGGACUUCACGCUGCUGAAGGAGCGUCUGGCCCAGAUGCAGGACGGCUGGAGCCACGGGGGCUUCGAGUGGCUGGACGGCAUGCUGGUGCAGGCGCUGCAGGCCGGAGACUGGCUGCUCAUGGACAACGUCAACUUCUGCAGUGCAUCAGUGCUGGACCGCCUCAAUGCUCUUCUGGAGCCUGGGGGGAGCCUCACCAUCAACGAGAGGGGCGUCAUCGAUGGCACCACGCCCAGCAUCGCCCCACACCCCAACUUCAGGCUUUUCCUGGCGAUGGAUCCCAUCCAUGGAGAGAUCUCCCGGGCCAUGCGUAACCGGGGUGUGGAGAUCUACAUCCCUGGGGAGCACGAGGCGCUGUGCUGGGACAUGCAGGACCUGAAGACCCUCCUCCACUCCACGGGGGUGAUCGGAGACUGCGUGUGCGACCUGCUCAUGUCCAUCCACGCCGAGAUCAAAACCACAAUCUGGGAUUCGCCAGCGUCGUCGGUCUCGUCUCUCUUCCAUGCUGCUACCCUGCUGUCGAGCCAGCUCCAGAGGGGCGUGGACCUGCCCAGCGCCCUGCUACAGGCCUGUGGGGAGGCCUACUCUCUUAGCCAGCGCACCACCGCCAGCCAGAAGCUGGCCCAGGAGGUUAUUGAGCGUCAGCUGUCGGUGCUGGAUGCGGAGGACUGGGGCAACGGGCUGCUGUGUGCCGCCGUGUGGCCCGACAGCAUCCCCACGGCGCUCUUCUCCACCGAGGACUCCUGCUUCUCCAACGUGCUGCGGGACGGGCAGGUGCUGACCUACUGCCUCAACACCAUCAGCCUACAGGGGAAAAGGAGUCGACCCCUGAGCCUGACGGACCUGCAGCGGGCGAUGCAGAUCGGGGUGUUCCACGAGGGCCAGGUGUUCACGGGCAGUGUGGCGGAGGUGGGCGCCGAGGACGCCCUCCACCUGCUGCCCACGGCCGUGCGGGUCCUGACUGAGAGGGCCUCCCACAGCGACUGGAUCCUGCGCACCACCUGGCUCUCCCACCUGGCCAAGAGUUUCAAGCACGCACCAGAUUCAGUGUUGCUCCAGUUGGAAGCUGGGACCCGAGCGCUGAAAGCCGUGUUCAGUAGUAAGCUUGCCGUCAAGGGCAAGAGCCUCACAGAGCUGCUGCAGCCACACAGCACAGAUGACUACAGAAUCAUGGUGGAUAUGCGAUGGAACAAACAGUAUCUGGACAUCCUGGCCAACACGUGCAAUUUUGAGGAUGAAGAAAGAUACAUGGAGUUUAUGGAUGCUCUGAAUGCUGUUGCAAACAGGAUUAUACUACUGAUGGACAGAGAGGAGCGGGCUGCCAUUGGAGCCAUGGCAGGAAACGCAUCUCCGCACAACAGCGCUCUGAGACUAGCCACUGCUUAUUCUAAAGGCACCGUCGACAUCAGCCACCUGCCGCACCCCGUGCUGGUGCAUCUGCGCUCCUUCUUCGACCAAUGGGAUUCCUUCGUGCUGCAGGCCCUGCAGACUGGCCAGCCCUACAUCUCCGAUCACCUCAUGUUCGAGAUCCUGCAGCUGCUGCAGUGGAGGGAUCGUUUCUGGGACGUGUGUAACUCCCUGGCGGCAGACACGCGUGGCGUGUGUGUUUUGUCUCUGCACUGGCAGUGGGUCCACAAGCACCUCAUCCUCAGGCUUCCUCAGCUGCUCAUGGGAGAUGGAAGCUAUGAAGGGCAGCAAGAGAUGCAGUCUAUCUCCACAGCCAUCCAAAACACCCUCUCCAGCUCUGCCUCAGUAGCCUCUGCACUGAAGGGCAUUCAGAAGACUUUAGGAAAGCCACUGCCAUUCAAGCUGGACUCAGUAGCCGAGUGCGCCUCCCAGCUGCGCGUGCUCACCAAGGCAUUAAACGUGGAGGACCUGCGUCUGGACAGCUCGUCGUCGCUCUGGAGGCAGGAGAUGGCCCGGCUGCAGGGGGCCGUGCUGGGGCUGGACUCCAAGGAGAGCCUGCUGGAGGCCUUGGGCCUGGUCCUCAAGGCCAACCACCAGCUGGAACCACAGCAAUCAGGGGUCCUGGAGAGGCUGGUGUCCUGCGUGGAGCAGCAGCAGAGCCGCCUGGCCUCCUGCGGCGUGCUGGACUCGGGCCCCGAAUCGCGGCACGAGGAGCAGAGUGCGCCCCCACCCUGCCGGGAGGUGCUGGUGCAGCUGGCUCGCCGCGCUCAGCUCUGGCCGGUACUGGAGCAGCUGGCCAUCCUCAACCAGCUGAGGGUCACGGCAGACCUGCUGCAACUCUCCAUCUCACCCGGGGACGGUGAGAGUGUGAAUGCGGUGCGCAGCGCUGUCUCCCAGCACCUCCGCUUCUGUCUUCAGUCCACUCCCAUCAACAUCAGGCAGCUCCACCCUCUCUGGUUCUUACUGAGCAGCGAGCGGCCGGUGGAGGCUCUGCAGUAUGUGUGGUGCGAGCUGCUGUCUGAGGUGCUGGUGGCCUUCUGGAGCAGCAGUGUCACCACCAACCCCGACCGCUGGCUCAAGUGGAGCCCGCUGAGCCCAGACGAGCACAAGCCUGCACGCUCACUCCUCACGCCAGCUGACUCGGGUCCGGGGAUGCUGAGUCGAGCGGUCUGGUCCAAGUGCAUGCUGGGUAUUUUGAGCAACUGUGAGUCGGGGUGUCGGUGGGACCCCUCGGGGACGGCCUUCCUGUCCUCGUCACGCGUCACGCUGGGGGAGUGGCGGGAGCGCAUGUCUCAGCUGCAGGACCUGAGGGCCGUACUCUGGGACAGCAUGGCCCUCCCUGCCCUGGCUGACUUCAGACGAACUGACUGCCGACUGCAGGGCCUGGUUCUCCGCCGGCAGCUGCAGUCGCUGGCCGACCUGCUCCCCACGCCGGCCCUCCAGGAGAGCUACGCCGAGAGCUGUGAGAGCCUCACCGAGAGCAGCUCCUCCUCCUCCUCCUCCUCCUCCCCUGACCCGGUGGCGGCCGCGCAGGAGGUCCAGACCACGCUGCGCGAGGGCCUGCCCGACAACCUGCUGCCCGAGGGCUUCCUGGACACCCUGAUCACCUGCAUGCAGCAGUACGUGCAGAACCGCGUGCGCAGCGCUGCCGGCGGCGGCGCCGUGCAGCUGGCGUGGUCGGGCGUCUUCUGGGUCAACAUGGGCCUGCUGCAGAUCCAGGUGUGGACGCCGCAGACCAUCUUCGACCCGGCCGUGAAGCGGGCCUACAAGCUCAGCUACGCCAAAGAGGAGCUGGCAUUGUUGCAGGAAGAGUGGAGAGGGCGGGGCUUAUCGUCUCAGCUCCUGACAGGGGUGGGGCUUGAGGAGAGCAGUACAACAGACGGCUUCCAGCAUCCUCGCAUCAGGUACCUGUGGAUCCGCAUGCAGCAGGUGAAGGAGCAGAUCUCGGAGCUGUCGCGUAAGCAGGCGUGCCGCCCCAGCGAGCCGCAGUAUGGCCGCCUCUACCAGGAGCUCCAGCACUACCUCUGUAGCAUCGGCCAGCCCGCCGCCGUCCGAGACCUGCUCUCGCACCUACUCAAGGCUCAGCAGGGGCCGGGCCCCAAGUCGCGGAUGGGCAUCCAGGGCCUGCUGAAGGAGGAGGCGGUGUGGCAGGCCUCCCAGCAGCGCUUCGCCCACCGGCUGGCCGAGGAGUACCCGCUCUACCCGGACGUGGUGGGGCCCCUGAGGGCCGCCAUCCUGCAGAUCCAGCACGGCAUGAGGCUGGUGGCCUCGCAGGUGUCGUCCUCGCUCACCUCGCUCCCGGGCCUGCCCAAGCUGGUGUCCUGCCUGCUGGCAUUCCCAUCCCCCGGCAGCACCCUGCCCUCCUACCUGGCCUACGCCGACUUCCUGUGCUCGCGGGCCAGCAUGGAAGUGCUGAGGGGCCUGGGCAAGCUGCUGCCCCAGGGAGAGGCCUCCUCGGCGGGGUCGGGGGCGCUGCGCUGCGUCCCGGAGGCCUCCACCCUGCUGCUCAACGCCCUGCUGUACGUGCAGUGCCACACGCUCUCCACGGGCCAGCUGGGGCCUGAGGCACGCAAGCUCUUCAGGCACAUCUGCCAGGCUCUGGUGAACGAGUGGGACGAGCAGGAGCGGCGGGCGCGGGAGAAGGAGCAGCGCGAGGCCAGCCUGUACCGCAGCCGCAGCCGCCUGCACGGCAGCCAGCUCACCGAGGAGCAGCUGGAGGAGAAAGAGUUCAGACGCACCUUCCCCACAUUCCAAAAGGACUUUGCCGACAUCAUCCGUGAGCCCACUCUGGAUAAGGUCAUUGACCUGGAUGCAGAGGAUGAUGACGAGGAGCCGGAGAGCCAGCCGGGUGAGAGUGGCGUCCUGUCCCCUGCCUGCCUGCAGACGGUGGUGCAGGUCCACCAGAGGCUGUGUCUGUCGCACGGCCAGGCACUGUGGUACCAGAGCAGCGCCAAGGAAACCAACCCCACCAAGGAUUACGUCAGCGCCCUGGUCUCCUCCUAUCAAAUCGCAGCUCCUGUCAUAUCACGCUUCUACCAUCUCAUAGACGCAGAGAUGGAUCCCCAGCUCCUGAACUCCAAGCUGCUGCUGUGCUGCCUCCUCCAGAACACGGUGCGAGGCGUGGGGUCGGGCGCGGGGUCGGCCUCCCCUGACAGCGCUCUGAGCCUUCAGCCUCAGGGGCCCUACGACUUCUACCAGCAGCCCAACAUGAGCCAGGCGCGCCUCUGCCUGCCGGUACUGGAGCAGCUGGGCCAGGCCAUCCGGCUGCGGCUGGAGGAGUGGCCUGAGCACCCAGCCCUCAUGCAGCUCACGGAGGUGAUGGAGCGCAUCAUGACCUUCAGCUUGUCCAGCCCUCUGGCCAAGUUCCUCAACGGACUGGAGAUCUUGCUCACCAAAGCUCAGGACUGGGAAAGCAAUGCCAGCCGGUCUGUGUCCCUGAAGAGGGAGUUGGAGGCAGUCACACAGCUCAUCAUACAGUGGCGCAAGCUGGAGCUGAACUGUUGGUCUAGCAGUCUGGACAAUGCCAUGAAGCGCCAUGCGGACAAGUCGGUGAAGCACUGGUUCUCCAUCCAUCAGAUGCUGGAGAGGUACCUUCUGGAGCAGCGGAUGGAGCCACACACUGUGGGUGAUACUGUAGGCGUGGAGCUGACACUGAGCUCGGUGGCGUCCACCCUGCAGGCCUUCCUGGAGGGCUCGUCCCUGGGGGAGUUCCACACCCGCCUGGCCAUGCUGCUCAACUUCCACUGCCAUCUCCUCCUGGCCCCCCCACAGGACGGACAAGAUGCACUCUGUAGCCUCCUGUGGAAUCUACACAAAUACUACUCUCAGUUCUCAGAGAGUGUGCAGGCCAAGAUCUCUCAGCUACGCCAACCCAUCGAGAAAGAGCUCAAGGACUUUGUGAAGAUCUCUCGGUGGAAUGAUGUGAGUUUCUGGGCCAUUAAGCAAUCCGUGGAGAAGACUCAUCGGACCCUCUUCAAGUUUGUGAAGAAGUUUGAGGCGGCGUUGAGUGAGCCGUGUGCCCCUGCGCUGGUGGAGCAGGGCGGCAGUGCCAGUCCAGACAGCGUGGACGUCAACCCUGAAGAGACGCCACUGCUGCGCAUGCACCAGGCCCUCAAGGGUGCCCUCCCAGGGAAGGGCAGAGACCUGCAGAGUGACGGCCCGGAGGAGAAUGCCGUGCCUGGGCCGGAGUCGGGCUCUCUGCUGGGCCGGCUGCCCCACCUGAUCAGGAGGAUGAGGAAGAUGUGUGUGCAGCUGGUGCGAAGGAGCCCCAUGCCAGACCUCUCGGAGGACCUCGACCAAUUUACAGCCGAGAUCAUCUCGAACGUGCGGGACCUGCAGAGCCUGAGCGUGGACGUGUCAGCGGAGAAGGAGCGCCAGAAGGCCGAGGUCAAGCACAUCCUGCAACAGAAGCAGCGAGGCCUCGCAGACCUCUUCAAGAUGCUCGCUCAGAUCGGCUUAUCGUACCGCAAGGGUCUGACGUGGAACCGCAUUGCUGACCCGGAGGAGAUCCUGUGUAUCCAACCACUGGACCUGACCACCGCUCUGUCUGCAGUUAAGGCCGAUGGGCAGCGAGAGAAGACGUUGUUUGAUGAGCUUACAAACGCAUGGGAAGGAUGUCAGAAGUACUUUUAUCGCUCCUGGGCUAGAAGGACUGUGCUACACACGGCUUUUCAGAGUGCCGCAAAGGAGUUGGGUCUGGGCAACAUCGAGCGCUGUCGGGGCUUCUCAUCCCACCUCUUCAAGCUCCUGCUGAGACAGAGAAGACGUUUGGCCAAACUCACUGAAAACUGGGUCCAUCUCCGGCACCUCGUGGAUGGCGUGAAAGACCUCCAGAGCAACCUCCAGGAUGACCGCCACCCCCAGCCGCAGCAUCACGACACCAUCCUGCCCCCUCAGCAGCCCCUGCAGCUGUGGCUGCUGCGCGCCCAGACUCUGGCCUCCCAGUGCUGCCUGGCCCUCCAGCAGCUCCUGCUGGUGCUCCAGUGCUGCCCCGAGGGGCCCCAUGCCCACGUGCUGGGGGCCGGCGGCGAGCCGCUCGGCGACGGAGAGAGGGAGCUGCUGCUGGGCGGGGAGCCGGAGGAGGAGCCCACCCUAAGGCAGUCGUCUCCGCUGGACGUCCACAGCCAGCCGGCCGGUUGCCAGAUGAGGCGAGGGGACGCGGCCUGGAGGCAACUGCUGCAGCGCAUAGAGCACAUGCUGCGGGACAGCCGCGCCGUCAAGGAGCAGCUGGACGCCGUCACGCAGCACAACAACUCCGAGUGGGCGCUGCACACCUGGGGCCACUUCUCGCAGUGCUGUUCUGUGCUGGACAAGCUCGGCGCCGUGGUGGCCCAGAUGCCCAAGGUGGAGCGGCUCUUCACGGCGGAGGAGGCCCUCGCGGGCCACCAUAGUCAGCCGGCGCUGAUCCGGGGACUGCAGUGUGUGAGGGAGGAGGUAGAGUCCAGCAUGACAGAGUUCACCACCUGGAAGACACAGCUGAUGUCUCUGGGACACUCCGAGGCGGACUUCCCUCAGAUGUUUUCGUCUGAGUUUUCCGAGCAGCUGGAGCAGGCCAUCAACACGGUGCUGUGUGCCAUCCAGAACCUGGUAAAGAGGAGGGAGGCCCAGCAGCAGGACGACCAGCAGUCGGAGAGCAGAAGAGGAAGCGAUGAAGAGGAGCUGGCCGAGGACCUCCUGAAGCCAGGCCACCUCAACAGGCUCCUGGACGAGGCCCUGGGGGCGGAGGUGCUGUGCCUGUCUCUGCCCGAGGUCAGCGCCAUCAUGGAACAGCUGCUGGAGACCAUCCGCAUCUACAGGGACUCCUGUCCACCUCAAAAACUACAGGAGUUCAGUGAUGCCUGUAAGCUGCUGGUGCACCUGGAGCCCAUGCUGGCUCUGUACUCGGAGCUGGUGCGUUUCUACCUGGCGGUGUGUCUGGGAGCCCACAGGAGCACGGGGAAGCUACUUUCAGUCCUCGCCAGCAUCUUUACAGAACUCGCUCAAAAGGGCUUCUGCCUGCCACAGGAGCUGAUGGAGGGUGGCGACGGCGAGGGCGCCACGGAGUUCCACGACUACGAGGGCGGCGGCAUCGGAGAGGGCCAGGGCCUGAAGGACGUCAGCGACAAGAUCGAGAACGAAGAGCAGGUGGAGGACACGUUCCAACAGGGCCAGGAGAAGAAGGAGGAGGAGGAGCAGAAGGGCAACAUCAGGGAGGAGGACAACGCCAUCGAGAUGUCCGAGGACUUUGACGCGAAGAUGUUCGACGGAGAGGACCGGGAGCCAGGUGAUGAGGAAGAGGAAUCUAAUGACGAGGAUGAGGAGGACUUGGAUAAGAAGAUGGGCGACCUGGGAGACGGUAAAACGGACACUCUGGACGAGAGGAUGUGGGGAGAUGAUGAGGACGAUGACGAUGACGACCAGGAGGGAAGCGACAAGGAGGAGGAGUCUGGUGCUGGAAUGGACCAGGGCGAAUCUGAGCUUGUUGCCAAGGACGACAACCAAGGAGCAAACGAUGGCAAUAAAGACAAGAACCGAGACAAAGACCAAGGGCCAACUGAGGAGGAGGAGAAGGAGAAGAUCCACGAGCAAACAGAUGAGAGGGAAUUUGAUGAAAAUGAAGUGGACCCGUAUCAUGGCAAGCAAAACAAGAACACUGACCCAGAGGCCAUGGAUCUGCCCGAAGAGCUGAAUCUGGACGACAAAGAGCAAGGCGGAGAUGAGGAUGGCGAAGGAGACGAGGAAAACCCCUUUGACAUCGAGGAGCAGUCCAUGGACCUGGAGGGCAAGGAAGGCGAUGAGAGAAACGGAGACGGGGAAGAGGAGGGGAGGGAUGGCGACGAGAUGGCCGAGGACGGGCAGGACGGCGAGGAAGAGGGCAGUGGUGACGAGGCGUCCGGAGACGGAGAAGACAAGACGAAGGACGACCCUAUGCUGAACGAGAGCGGAGAGGAAGACGAAGACGAGGGGGAGGAGAAUCAGGGUCCAGACGCCAGGAAAGAGAAGGACCAAGCUAUUCCCUCCGGACCCAAUCCUAAGGACGAGGAAGAGGGUGGUGAGGAGGACGAUAAUAAACCGGAGUCCGCUGAGAGGAAAGAACACGACACUGACGGCCAGACGGGAGACGAGAACGUCCAGAGUGAGACUGCAGUGGAGCUGGCAGGAGCGGCCUCGGAGAGAGACCAAGCCAAAGAGGAGCAUGGUAGUGGGGCAGCGGAUGCCAGUCAGUCUGAGGGCCACGACUCCAAACUGAUGGCUCGCAUGUCUGCUCGGAAACAAAGUCAGAAAAAUACACAGAGUUUCAAGCGGAAGCCGGGGCAGGCGGACAACGAGCGCAGCAUGGGCGACUACAACGAGCGCAUUAACAAGCGCCUGCGCACACUGGACAACCGAGAACAGCGGAGGCAGCAGGACGCCAACAACCCACACAGCAAGGAGGAGGCCGACCUCUACGAGCACAUCAAGCAGGGAGAACAGGACUACGAUGCACAGACAUACGACGUGGCCAGUGCGGAGCAGGAGAGGCCAGCGGGGGCCCAGCCCAAACAAGAGCAGGAGGAGGAGGACAUCGCCAUGGAGACGGAGGAGCAGGAGAACGACCUGCAGAACGUGGAGGCCAAAGAACUCAAGCCAGAGCAGAUGGACUCGGCCAAACCAAGAAGAAAAGGUGUGGAGAGCGGCGAGCUGGAGCCUCAGAGGAAAGCGGAGGAGGAAGAGGACUCCAAGCCGGAGGUGAAGAGGGAGCGCGACGAUUGGCUACCCGAGAGGAGCAAGGAGUCCACCAUCCACACAGUACCUGAACUCCUGACAGACACACUGCAGUGUCCUGUGAAAGACCCUGAAGAGAUGCGGAGGGAAAUGGAGCUUCAGCUGGAGGCGUGGCACAAGCAAGCCCCUGGAACUCCAGAAGAGGAGAGUGUGGCAUCUGCUAUGUGGCACCAGUACCAGGCCCUGACUGGCAGCCUGUCUCAGCAGCUGUGCGAGCAGCUCCGCAUGAUCCUGGAGCCCACCCUGGCGGCCAAGCUCAAGGGAGAUUUCCGCACAGGGAAGAGACUAAACAUGCGCAAGGUCAUCCCGUACAUUGCUAGUCAGUUCCGCAAAGACAAGAUCUGGCUGCGGAGGACCAAGCCCAGUAAGAGGCAGUACCAGAUCUGCCUGGCCGUGGACGACUCCUCCAGCAUGGUCGACAACCACUCCAAACAGCUGGCUUUCGAGUCCCUGUCUGUGAUUGUGAAUGCUCUGACGCUGCUGGAGGUUGGACAAGUGUCUGUCUGCAGCUUUGGAGAGACAGUGCAGCUCUUGCAUCCUUUCCACCAGCAGUUCAACGACCAAUCAGGCGCAAGAAUACUCAGGCUCUGCCAGUUUCAGCAGAAGAAGACCCGGAUAGCACAGUUUCUGGAGACUUCAGCCAAUAUGUUUGUGGCAGCUAAGCAACAGUCCCCCGGCUUGACAAACACAGAUACAGCUCAGCUCUUGCUGAUCGUGUCAGAUGGAAGAGGGCUCUUUCUGGAGGGGAAGGAGAGGGUGACGGCAGCAGUGCAAGCUGCCCGCAGUGCCAACGUCUUUGUCAUAUUUGUGGUGCUGGAUGACCCCAACUCAAGGGAUUCCAUAAUGGACAUCAAGGUGCCGAUCUUCAAGGGUCCGGGCGAGAUGCCGGAGAUCCGCUCCUACAUGGAGGAGUUCCCCUUCCCCUUCUACGUCAUCCUACGCGACGUCAACGCCUUGCCAGAGACGCUGAGCGACGCACUCAGGCAGUGGUUUGAACUCGUCACAGCGGGUGACCUUUGAGAAGAGGUCACCAGUCAGUCAGCACCACAGGGAAGCCAUUUGUGAUAUUUUUGCAGGGGCCACAUGAUAAAUAAAUUAAUAAAAAAAACAAAAACUGAACUGCACAAAUCCACACUGCUGCUACCAGCCUCCCGAUCACACAACAACACAAGAGAAAUGAAGAACUUCACAACAACAACAAUGACAACACGGACCUGCUGCUGUAUAUGUGCCUUUUCUUUCUGAAUUUUAGUCUUAUUUUGAUAGCUAGUUUGUUUGAUAGCAACUUUUGUUCGCUCUUCUCGUUCCUUGUCAUGAGGAGAGAUGGACUCAGGAGAGCUGAAAAUUUCUUUUAUUUUUUUCUUCCUUUCAUUUUUUGUCGUUUGUGAAUAUCAUCGCUCAACCUUGCACGACUUUUUACAGAAAUCGACAAAACAAAACAAAAAUGUGACUUCCUUUUCAUUGUAAAAACGCGUCAAAAUGUGACUAUAUGGACGGGCUGAAAUACCUCUUCCCCCUGUAGUAUUUCAGAUGUUAUCACCAUCAUCACCAUCAUGUCUUCAUUCUAGACAAUUGUGAACACUGACACAAUAAUUAUGGGUGGCACUGCCAGCAUUGUUUAUCACUUCAAAACAAAAUGAAAAAAGAGGAAAAAAAGAAAUGCAUGUCAACAUG